AUGUAAUCACAAAAUAUUAAUAUUUAUUCAACCAUUACCUAUGGUUCAUUGUUAAAUUCUAAAUCAAAUAAGAAGAAGUAUUAAUUAAUUGCAAACUUUGAUAUUCUUAAAAAAACCAUUUCUUUUUCAGUAUUGAAAAAUUAUUAAUAAAAAUUCAUAUAUUUGAUAAUACUGCAGAAUAUGGAUUUUUUAAAUAUUUUGAAUUACUACAGGAUUUUUUCCUUUGAUACUGUCACUGUGAGAGGUAAACAGAAAUCAUUUUUGUUUAAUUAUAUCAUUUAAAUGAAAGACUCGCAAAGUUAUAUCCUAUAUGUAUAAAAAUAAUAUAUAAAGAUUAGCUUUAAGUACAAUAUAUUUGCAUUCAGGGUUGUUGGAAACGAUAUUAAAAAUAAAAUGCUACGAUUUUAAUGA